UGACAAUGGAAAACUGCCCUUUAUUUUAUUUAGCGUACAAAUAGGAGCAUUGCAUAUUGAACAAUAGGGUGAAUAUAUAUGUAUUGCUUACCUUGGGUUCUGACUCACGUUUGAAUUCCCGCUGUAAUGACUACGUUUGCGACGCGCUUGUGUGGUUAUUCUGUAGUUGGUGAUACUUACAAGACCGCACUAGAUGUUUACAAUUGGGUCAAGAAAAAAGAGUCUGUAGGCCCAAUUAUACAAACAGCUGAAGAUAAAGCUAUAUCUGUGAUCAAACCAAUUGUUGAAAGCGGAAUUGUCCAAAAGAUCGAUGAUAUGGCUUGUCAACAUGUUCUGGAUCGUGCUGAAGCAGCGUGCGCACAGAUUAAGAACACUUCAAAUGAAUGCAUAAUUCUACCCACUGCAAGCCGUGCCCUGAAUAUUGCCGAGGCUUGUGCUAAUCUGUAUCUUCCGAAAGAUGAUGAUCCAAAGUUUUCUAUUGGAGGUGAUGCUACACCAACAGAACGACUCGUACGUCUACAACAUAGAGCAUCAAUACAUGCUGUUACAUUAAUUCAUUCAACAGUUGAUCGUGCUAAUUCACUUCUGUCUACGCUUGCGACUUACGGAAGUAACCUAAAUCAAACAGUUUCAAAGGCUACCAUUAGAAACACUCUUUCACAAGCUAUUGCUUUGUAUGAAUUAGCUUACUCUACUGCUAAGGCUGUAAGCCUUCCUAUAGUUGCACGUUGUAUUACUGUUAUUCUCGAGAAUGUUCGAAAACUUGAGGAUCAAAUUAAAGAGUCAAAAGGAAUAAACUGGAUGGAUUUGAAAAGACUAGUGACGCUGCUUGAACACAUGAAGGAACGUUUAGAUGUACAAGAACCAGUUACAGAAAUCGAACUCGAACCGAUCACUGAGAAGCCAACAUUUUCUCUCAGUUCUUAUUUUCCAAAUUUCUGGUGAUAAUGAUGAGUCCGAUACAAAUGUGAACGAUUCAUAAAUAAAUAAUUUUUUUUAUCAUUAUUAUUACUAUUUUCAAUAUUACAAUAGGAUAGAUUUGCUUUCAUGAACUCUGUUGAUAAUAAUUUGUGUUUUUUCCUCUGCAUAAUUUUGAUUGAUAUUAUUUUUCGCAUCUAUUGAUUUGACUUCUUUUGUAAUGAAAAUAUAAGUUUAUUGUU